AUGGAGGAGCACAGACAGAGAGAUACAUGUGGCCAGGACGACGAAAACCUGAACUUCUCCCCCGAUGGUCUGACAUGUAAACUCAUUUUGGACGACAGACAGAAAGCUAAGAGGAUACUGGGAUGUUGCUGUGAGUUCAAGUUUUGCGACUGGCUGACGUUGGUGUCAGGGCUGGUGGAGUGCCUGUGUUUUGCCGGAGUCGUUUUCGGCUGGGCCUCCCUGGUGUAUGUCCUGAAGAUGGACGGCUACUUCAGCAACUUCUGCGUCAACUCCACUGGGGCCAACAGCAGCAUGUACACAGACUGCAGCGGUCAGGACGAACAGUUUGCCCUCAUCUUCACCAUCGCCUCCUUCCUCAACAGCUUCAUGGCGUUUCCGCUGGGACACGUCUUUGACCGCUACGGAACCAUGGCCGCCAGGAUUCUCGGGAUAACACUCUACACCACUGGUACCUUGUUGGUUGCGUCCUCAAGUGCAGAAAUGUCCUCCAUGCUGUACCCAGCUGUCUCCUUCAUUGAUGUGGGAGGAAUUUUAUUCCUCAUGACAAACAUACAGGUGGGGAACCUCUUCGGUCCUUUUCGCUCCACAGUCAUCACGCUCUACAAUGGACCUUAUGACUCCUCCUCCUCCAUCUUCCUCAUCAUUAAGGUGCUGUAUGAGAGAGGGGUCUCUCUGCGCUCCUCUUUCCUCUUCAUGUCCGCCUGCAGCAUCAUCCACCUCCUCCGAACUUUCCUCCUCAUGCCCAAGACUCACAUCCCCUACCCACUGCCUGAGGGCUACACUUAUGGGGUGAGCUGCAGAGGCCGAGCUGUGAGCACCGAGCUGGAGGAAAGAGCAGACAGCAGCGGGAAUGUGCAGAACGAGGGCGGCGUGGAGGGAGUUCAGCAGGAGGGCUCAGGGCAGUCCCAAAUCACGCCACAGAAAGCUCUGUCAGUGGCCAGUUUUAGGAGCUGCGUCCUGUCCUGGUUCUUCGCAUGGCACCUGCUGUGGCUCUCUGUGAUGCAGCUACGCCUCUUUCUCUUCAUCGACAUCCUCAACCCCAUGCUGGCCUGGCUGACUGACGGAGACUCCGCCCUCGUGAGUAGCUACACCAAUGCCUUUGGGCUCACGCAGUUAUGUGGAGUUUUUUGCGCUCCCUGGAACGGACUCCUCCUGGACCAGCAGAGGAAGAAGUGGCGGGCUCUUGGUGGGUACCGAUUAACAGAGAGGGAGGCAGACCUGCGUUCCUCCGUUCUCUCCCUCUUCCUCACCGCUCUCCUGGGCUUCUUCUUCUCCGUCUGUUCCACCAUCCCAGUCCUGCCUCUGCAGUACCUCACCUUCGUCCUGCAGGUUGCCAGUACGUCCUUCCUCUUCGGAGGUAAUGCCGCCUUCAUCAGCACUGCAUUUCCCUCCUGCCAUUAUGGGAAGCUGUACGGUCUGAUGUCUACGUUGUCAGCUGUGGUGCUGCUGUUGCAGUUCCCCAUGCUGAUCCUGGUCAAUGACGUCCUGCAGGGAAACCCUCUCUACGUGAACAUCGGUCUCACCGUCCUCACCCUGCUGCCCCUCAUCCAUCCGCUCUACGUCCGCAUACACUGCCAGCGACUGGCCGCCCAGAGAGACGACCAGCGGGACGGCACGAAACUGUGGACCGUUUACCCCGACUCAGGCUACAUGCCUUUCUAA